CUGUGCCUCUGUUGGAGCACGUGAAUUACGUAAUAUAGCCUAACUACUAAUUUGGUAAUCAUUUUCAGCAGCAUCUACGUCAGACUGGGGUUCAUCUGAACUGGAGUAACAGACGAAAGGAAAUGCUAAUACAAUGCACUUUGGACAAUGCCAGACGUCUACUAUGUGUAAUGGAUCAUUGCAAUUCCAGCAUGAUGACAGCGGUGCGUCGGUGCUGUGGCAGCACAACACAGUCGCCAUGCGCAACAGUCCUCAUGUGGUCGUAGGAAUAUUGCUCCAAAAGUAUUUUCGGUGAUGAAUCGGUGAAGUUGAUUGCAUCAGCUUUAUAAAUGUGAGAAUCAAAGUUGUUCCUUAAGCAAGGUUGCCAUUACUCCUCACUCUUCAAUUGUUUUGUGAUGGAUUAAGUCAAGAUGUCGCAGCUGUACUACCGCCGAACGGACAAUUCCUCGUACCGGGACCGCAUUCCGCUGCGGAUUGUGCGCUCCGAGUCAGAGCUCUCGGUGCAGGAGAAGUCCUACCUCAGCGCCGUGGAGAAGGGCGAUUACGCCAGCGUGAAACUAGCGCUGGAAGAGGCGGAGAUCUACUUCAAGAUCAACAUCAACUGCAUCGAUCCUCUAGGGCGCACGGCGCUGCUCAUCGCCAUCGAGAAUGAGAACUUGGAGAUCAUUGAGCUGCUCCUCAGCUUCAACGUGUAUGUCGGGGAUGCUCUGCUCCACGCCAUCCGUAAAGAGGUGGUGGGAGCCGUGGAGCUCCUGCUGAACCACAAGAAGCCCAGCGGAGAGAAACAGGUACCACCCAUCCUGCUGGAUAAACAGUUCUCAGACUUCACCCCUGACAUCACUCCCAUCAUCCUGGCUGCCCACACCAACAACUACGAGAUCAUCAAGAUGCUGGUGCAGAAAGGUGUGUCUGUCCCCCAGCCUCACGAGGUGCGCUGUAACUGCGUGGAGUGCGUCUCCAGUUCAGACGUGGACAGUCUGCGGCACUCACGCUCCCGGCUGAACAUCUACAAGGCCCUGGCCAGCCCCUCUCUCAUCGCCCUGUCCAGCGAGGAUCCUUUCCUCACCGCCUUCCAGCUCAGCUGGGAGCUCCAGGAGCUCAGCAAAGUUGAAAACGAGUUCAAGGCCGAAUACGAGGAGCUCUCCCAUCAGUGCAAGCGCUUUGCAAAGGACCUCCUGGACCAAACCCGGUCCUCACGUGAACUGGAGCUGAUCCUCAAUUUCCGUGAUGAUGUCAACCUGCUGCAAGAUGAGCCUAACAAUGAGCUGGCCCGACUGAAAUUAGCCAUCAAAUACCGCCAAAAAGAGUUUGUAGCACAGCCAAAUUGCCAGCAGCUGUUGGCUUCACGCUGGUAUGAUGAAUUUCCUGGCUGGAGGAGACGUCACUGGGCUGGCAAGUUCAUCACAUGCGUCUUAAUCGGCCUCAUGUUCCCCCUGCUCUCCCUCUGUUACCUGGUGGCACCCAAGAGCCGCUAUGGCCUGUUCAUCCGCAAGCCUUUUAUCAAGUUUAUUUGCCACACAGCCUCCUACCUGACCUUCCUCUUCCUUCUGCUGCUGGCCUCUCAGCACAUAGUCUCUAACAAUCCCGAUCGCCAAGGUCCAAAGCCCACCACUGUGGAGUGGAUGAUCCUACCCUGGGUUCUAGGAUUCAUAUGGACGGAGAUCAAGCAGAUGUGGGAUGGUGGAUUUCAGGAUUACAUCCAUGACUGGUGGAAUCUCAUGGACUUUGUGAUGAAUUCCUUGUAUCUUGCGACCAUCUCACUGAAGAUUGUUGCCUACGUGAAGUACAGUGGUUGCAAACCCAGGGAAACCUGGGAAAUGUGGCACCCCACUCUAGUGGCAGAGGCGGUGUUCGCUAUUGCCAACAUCUUCAGCUCUCUACGCCUCAUCUCACUCUUCACGGCCAAUUCUCACCUAGGUCCUUUGCAGAUAUCAUUAGGACGGAUGCUUCUGGACAUCCUAAAGUUCCUCUUUAUAUACUGUCUGGUGUUGCUUGCCUUUGCUAAUGGACUCAAUCAGCUUUAUUUCUACUAUGAGACUAGUGAAGGCAUGAACUGCAAAGGCAUCCGCUGUGAACGUCAAAACAACGCUUUCUCAACGUUGUUUGAGACCUUGCAGUCUUUGUUUUGGUCCAUUUUUGGGUUGAUCAAUCUGUAUGUGACCAAUGUCCAAGCUGACCACAAGUUCACCGAAUUUGUGGGUGCCACCAUGUUUGGCACCUAUAACAUCAUCUCCUUGGUGGUCCUCCUCAAUAUGCUCAUUGCCAUGAUGAACAAUUCAUAUCAGCAUAUCGCUGACCAUGCUGAUAUUGAGUGGAAAUUUGCCAGAACUAAAUUAUGGAUGAGUUAUUUUGAGGAAGGUGGCACCUUGCCACCUCCCUUCAACAUUAUCCCCAGUCCCAAAUCCAUAUGUUACCUGUUUACAUGGAUCAAGGUGCAUGUGUUCAAGAGGAAGUCAAAGAGGACUGAGACAUUUGGGACAUUAGGGAGAAGAGCUGCUGAAAACGUGAGACUCAACCACCAAUACCAGGAGGUCUUGAGAAACUUGGUAAAACGAUAUGUGGCAGCUAUGAUUCGAGACGCCAAGACUGAGGAAGGACUUACAGAGGAGAAUUUCAAAGAGCUGAAGCAGGACAUCUCUAGCUUCCGCUACGAAGUCAUUGGAAUGAUGAAAGGCAACCGGAAAAGUACUCGUGCGAACAAGACUGGCACAGCGGCCUCCGAUGUUUCUCAUCCAGACGGUUCACUUCAAUUUUCCUCGACUCUUCCGCGGAACAAAAAACUACAUUUGUACAAUGUGACUACAGUGCUACAGCAGCACAAAUCUGAAGAGACAAGGGAGUCUCUUGGUUGUCUGGCCAAUGGAUCAUCAGUAGUUCUGACUGACCUGAUACUCAAAGACAAAGCCAGGAAGGACAUCCCUAAGGAUUUUACAGACUUUGGGGUAUUUCCAAAGAAACAAAAGAGUCUCAACCCAAAUAAGAUCUACUCACUCGCUGAAGAGGCAAAGGAAUUGGAUUCUGACAUAUUGGACUGGGUUAGAGAGGAAACGGAUGAGAAUCCUCUGGCAGAAGAAGCUGAACAGGAAGAAAAUGAAUCAAAGUGCCUGAUGGAGGAAGAGGAAAGUGUGUUGCAGGACCAAGAGAAAGAGCACAUUGCAUCUCCACGUGACCAUUAGACAAACAAACUCUCAUUCUUUUUGUAUCCAAGGAUUAUCCAAAUCUCAAAUUUAGCCGACAUACUUUGUCAGAGAUGACAGAGUUUUCUUUCUAAUGUGCCGAGGGGAGGUUUUGCAAGAUUAAUUGUCUCAGGAAAAGGUAUUUGCUUGGUUGCAACCAUAAAUCUGGAGGAUAUGAAAUGGACAAAGCUAGGGAAAAUGCUACAUGGUGUCCAACUGACUUGUUUGAUAGGUGUAUUUUUUUUUUUUUUUUUAUCUUAUGUAUUUAUCCUCACGUUUUCAAUGUGCAGCAUCCUCUCAUUCCUUUUUUGUGAAAAAAACUUGAAAAAUAACAAUCAUCUUAUCAAUCACCAGAGAAACUGUAUAUUAUUGUUAUUAUUAAUAUGUUUUUAUUAUUAUUCUGCAAGGAUGCAUUAAAUUGAGCAAAACUGACAGUAAAGACAUUUCUAAUGUAUCAAAAGAUUUCUGUUUUAAUUAAAUCCCGGUCAUUAAAAACAAUUAUCAACACAACAGCACAGCCGUUGAUGAUGAUAACAAAUGUUUCUUAUAAGGGCUGCUGAAAAUUUCUAAUUAAAAAUGGUCAAACUAAAAUUUUUAAUUGUAAGAAUAUUUAACACUAUUACUGUUUUUACAUAAGAGACUCAAAAGCAUUUGAAACUCUUACAAACCCCAAACAUUUGAACAUCGGUGUAUAAAUAAAAAUAUGUUGCACAUGACAUAUAACAGCUGCACAGCCUGAUUUAAAAAGACUAUGCAAUCUUAUGUAUAGCACUCAUAAUACAUCUGUUUACACCUGUUACAGAUUUCUAAGCACCAUCCUCAAUAUUGUGAUGUUGGAUAAGUAUCCAGCGUUCUUAUAGAUAACAGUUUAACUUGACUUUCAUGGACCAUAUGACAUACAGUAAUAUUUCAAACUGUAAUUCAAACUAAAAGAGAA